CCUUUUUGCAGUCACAUCUGCCUGUAGAGAUCGAGGUGCCAGAGCAUGCAUGCCACGAUUCUUUCGUCUGCCUGGAUUACAGUUGAUAUACAAAGUUUUUCGCCAUCAUGUUGCGAGUCGUGGUAGAGUCCGCUAAAAAUAUUCCGAAAAAGAAAAUUGGAAAUCCGGAUCCUAUUGUUGGGAUUGUUUUUAGAGGUGAAAAAAAGAAAACCAAAGCAAUUGACAAUGAGCUGAAUCCCGUUUGGAAUGAAGUUCUGGAGUUUGAUUUAAAAGGCUCUCUUUUGGAUGCCUCCUCCUUUAUUGAUGUGAUUGUGAAAGACUAUGAAACCAUUGGGAAGGACAAAUUCAUUGGCUCUGCAAAAAUCUCCCUCAGAGACUUAGCCAAUGGUCAGCAAAGAUCCCUGCCAUCAAAAAAUUUGCCUCUCGUGAAUGAAAAAAAUCAGGAAUUUGGGGCCACCAUCAACAUGGUGAUUGGAUACGAGCCACCGGCCGGUGCUGCCGCGCCGACGCCGUAUGAGCAGGCAGAUGGGGUGCAGGCGUCCGGAGACACUGGGGGAGAAACGAAUGAGGAGGAGGAUGUGGAGGAUGCGGACGGAGGGCAGGGGGCGACACCGGGGACGACCCCCCCUCCUGGUCAGCCGAGAAAGGCCGUCCCAAGGUUGAAACGCGCGAACAAGAAAAAUUAUCGGCUGUUGUCCAACAAGCCCCAGGAUUUCCAGAUCCGUGUUCGGGUUAUUGAAGCACGUCAGUUGCCCGGUAACAACAUCAAGCCCGUCGUCAAGGUGAAUCUCUGUGGACAGACGCACAGAACCAGGAUCAAAAGAGGAAAUAAUCCUUUCUUUGAUGAGAUUUUCUUUUACAACGUCAAUAUGUUACCUUCAGAGUUGUUUGACGAGUACAUCAGCAUUCGGGUGUAUGACUCCUUUUCCCUGAGAGCGGACAGCUUGAUGGGAGAGUUUAAGCUGGAUGUUGGCUAUGUCUAUGAUGAACCAGCUCAUGCUAUCCUGAGGAAGUGGCUUCUCAUGGGCAAUGCCGACGACUCCAGCUCCGGAGCCAAGGGAUACCUCAAAGUCAGCGUGAUGAUCAUGGGGGCGGGAGAUGAGCCUCCGAUGGAGAAGAAGGAAGCUGAUGACGAGCAGGACGACAUCGAGAGCAACCUGCUGCUACCGGCUGGAACCAGCCUGCGAUGGGUCACUCUGACACUGAAGGUGUACCGGGCUGAGGACAUGCCACAGAUGGAUGAUGCUUUUGCUCAGACAAUCAAGCAUGUAUUUGGAGGAGACGGUGACAAGAAAAACUUAGUGGAUCCAUUUCUAGAAGUUGGAUUUGCUGGCAAAAAGAUCUGUACAAAAAUAAUAGAGAAAAAUGCAAACCCAGAAUGGAACCAGCUGAUCAACUUGCAGGUCAAGUUUCCAUCAAUGUGCGAACGCAUCAAGUUGACAGUUUACGACUGGGAUCGGCUCACCAGGAACGAUGCCAUAGGAACCACCUUCUUAAACCUGACUAAAAUAGCGUCCUCUGGUGGCGAGAUUGACGACUCAUGUUCGGGCAAUGAGGCUGCACCAGGACCUGAAGGGAAUUCUGGGAUUUCGGAGGUGGGGUUCCUGCCAGCGUUUGGUCCCUGCUACGUAAACCUCUAUGGAAGCCCCAGAGAAUUCACUGGCCUCGCAGACCCGUACGAGGACCUCAACUUUGGGAAGGGCGAAGGGGUGGCCUACAGGGGAAGAGUUCUGGUUGAACUCACCACACAGCUGGACGCCAAAGCUGAAAAGAAGAUUGACGACAUACCGAGCGACGACAUCCUUGUGGCUGAGAAGUACCAGCGGCGCAGGAAGUUCUCUCUCUGCGCGGUGUUCCACAGCGGGUGCAUGCUGCAGGAACCCGGGGAACCCAUCCAGUUCGAAGUCAGCAUCGGAAACUAUGGCAACAAGCUGGACUCCACGUGCAAGCCCCUGGCCUCAACAACCCAGUACAGCUGUGCCGUGUUCGAUGGAAAUCACUACUAUUACUUGCCCUGGGCCAACACAAAACCGGUCGUCAUCAUCACAUCUUUCUGGGAGGACAUAAGCCACCGUUUAGAGUCUGUCAACAUUAUCCUGUACAUCGUUGACCGAUUGGAGUCCAACAUCACCUCCCUGAAGACGGCCGUUUCGGCUAAAGUCCCUGAAACUCGCCUGGCCGAGAUCUGGCUCAAACUGAUCAACCACUUGAUUGAAGACCUCAGCAGCUUCAAAAUGCCGGAGCUGGAGGGCAGGGCGAACCUGACGGCCCUGGACCUGCAGCUGAAGAAGAUGCGGGACAGCACCCUGGGGACCAUCCAGCAGGAGGCCGAGAACAUGAAGGAGGAGGCCACCGACGUGCUGGCCACGCUGGGGGACAUCGAGGACUGGCUGGACAAGCUGCAGCAGCUGGCCGACGAGCCCCAAAACAGCAUGCCGGACGUGAUCAUCUGGAUGCUGAGGGGGGAGAGGAGGGUGGCCUACGCGCGAAUCCCAGCCAAUCAGGUCCUGUACUCCACCCUCAGUGAGCAGGCCAUCGGAAAGCACUGCGGCCAGACCCAGACCGUCUUCAUGCAGUACCCCAUGGACAAAAAUAAAGGUCUGAAGGUUCCGGUCCAGCUGCGGGUGAACAUGUGGCUCGGGCUGUCCGCGCACGAGAAGAAGUUCAACAGCUUUUCCGAGGGGACCUUCAGCGUGUUCGCAGAGAUGUAUGAAAACCAGGCCCAGGUGUUCGGGAAGUGGGGCACGACGGGGCUGGUGGGCCGGCACAAGUUCUCUGACGUGACGGGGAAGCUGAAGCUGAAGCAGGAGUACUUCCUGCCCCCCCGCAACUGGGACUGGGAGGGCGACUGGUUUGUGGACCCGGAGAAGGGGUUGCUGACGGAGGCUGACGCGGGACACACGGAGUUCAUGGACGAGGUGUUCCAGAACGAGACGCGCUACCCCGGAGGAGAGUGGAAACCGGCGGCAGAACCCUACACAGACGUGAAUGGAGACAAGGCACAGAGCCCAGACGAGAUCGAGUGCCCUUCUGGCUGGAAAUGGGAGGACGAGUGGAGCUACGACACCAACCGAGCCGUGGACGAAAAAGGUUGGGAGUACGGGAUAACAGUCCCUCCCAAUGACAAACCCAAGUCCUGGGGUCCCGUGGAGAAGAUGUACCAUGUGCACCGCCGAAGGAGGAUGAUUCGGCAGCGGCGGAAGGUGGCGGACCCCACCACCCCCUCAGAGACCAAAAGAGGGCCUGGGGAGGGCUGGGAGUACUCCUCUCUGAUUGGCUGGAAGUUCCACCGGAAGGAGCGCUCGUCUGACACGUUUCGGCGCAGACGCUGGAGGAGGAAGAUGGCUCCCUCUGAUCGCUUGGGCCCGUCCGCCAUCUUCAACCUGGAAGGGGCGCUGGGGAUUGAUGAUGAGGAGAAGGGCUCCAAAAAAGACCCGACCAAGCUGUUCGGUGCCAACACGCCCACUGUUUCCUGCAGUUUUGACAGGUCUUUUAUGUACCACCUCAGGGUCUAUGUUUAUCAAGCUAAAGACCUCACUGCCAUGGACAAAGACAGUUUUUCAGAUCCCUAUGCACACGUGUCCUUUCUGCACGUGAGCAAAACCACCGAGAUCAUCAAGUCCACUCUAAACCCAACCUGGGACCAGACCCUCAUCUUCGACGACAUCGAAAUCUACGGUGACCCCCAGACCUUAGCUCACAACCCGUCCAGUGUGGUUUUUGAGCUCUAUGACAGUGACCAAGUGGGCAAAGACGAGGCUCUGGGCAGGUGCUCCUGCCCCCCUCUGGUGAAGCUGAAGCCUGGAAUGGACGUUUCGCCCAGACUCCUGUGGUACCCCGUAAUCAAGAAGGGCCGGGUUGCCGGGGAGAUGCUGGUGGCUGCCGAGCUGAUCCUGAAGGACAAGGCGAAUGAGUCUAACCUGCCCCUCCUGCCCCCGCGGCGAGCGGAGAGGCUCUACAUGGUGCCGCAGGGGAUCCGCCCCGUGGUGCAGCUCACCGCCAUCGAGAUCCUGGCCUGGGGACUGCGCAACAUGAAGCCCUACCAGCUGGCCACCGUGUCCUCCCCCAGCCUCAUCGUGGAGUGCGGGGGCGAGAUCGUGCGCUCCGCCGUCAUCAGGAACAUCAAGAAGAGCCCAAACUUCCCCGCAUCGGUCCUCUUCCUCAAAGUGCUCCUUCCCAAAGAGGAGAUGUACACUCCUCCGAUCGUGCUGAAGGUGAUCGAUCACCGACCGUUUGGGAGGAAGCCCAUCGUGGGACAGUGCACCAUAAGCUCCCUGGAAGAGUUUCGCUGUGACCCCUACAGGACCGGGGCUGAGGUCGCCCGGUGCGCCAAAGUGGCUUUGAUGACCUCCGCUGCUCCACCUCACACCAUCAUCAACAUUGAGGACCGAAAGCUUGCCCUGGAAGCCCAGCAAGAAGAAAAGGAGAAGGAAGCGGUCGAUUGGUGGAGUAAGUUCUAUUCCUCCAUUGGAGAACAUGACAAGUGUGGCCCGUACCUUCAGAAAGGCUACGACACCUUAAAGGUCUACAACACUGAACUGGAGGAGGUCCCAGAGUUCAGAGGACUGAAUGACUUCUGCAAAACCUUCAAGCUGCAGAGAGGCAAGAACGAGGAGGACGAAGACGACCCUUCAGUGGUCGGAGAGUUCAAGGGCUCAUUCAGAGUGUACCCCCUGUCAGACGACCCGGGCAUCGCUGAACCCCCUCGGGAGUUUCGGGAGCUCCCCGACAGCGGGCCUCAGGAUUGCCUCGUCAGAAUUUACAUCAUCCGCGGCAUCGACCUGCAGCCCAAGGACAACAACGGCAUGUGUGAUCCUUACAUUAAGAUUUCUCUGGGAAAGAAAACUAUUGAGGACCGGGAUCAGUACAAACCCAACACCCUCAAUCCAGUGUUUGGAAGGAUGUUUGAACUCUCCUGCUUCCUUCCGCAAGACAAAGAUCUGAAAAUCGCCAUUUACGACUACGAUCUACUGAGCCGCGAUGAGAAAGUCGGAGAGACAGUGAUUGACCUGGAAAACCGAUUCCUCUCUCGUUUCGGUUCAUACUGUGGACUACCGGAGACGUACUGCAUCUCCGGUAUCAACCAGUGGCGAGAUCAGCUGAAGCCGUCCCAGAUCCUGCAGAACCUGGCCAAGCUGAGAGGCAUCAGUCCCCCUCAAACCACAGACAACGGAAACACCCUAAGCUUCGGAGGCCAGGAGUACAGCCUGCUGGACUUCGAAGCCAACAAAACCAUGCACCAGCACCUGGGCCCCCCAGCUGAAAGAAUCGCUCUGCACGUGCUCAGAAAACAGGGCCUCGUCCCCGAGCACGUGGAGACCAGGACUCUCUACAGCAGCUUCCAGCCCACACUGUCCCAGGGAAAGAUCCAAAUGUGGGUGGAUGUCUUCCCUAAAAGCCUUGGUGUCCCAGGACCACCCUUUGACAUUACGCCUCGUCAAGCCAAAAAAUAUUUCCUGCGCGUCGUCGUUUGGAACACCACCGACGUCAUUUUGGACGAAACCAGCAUCACGGGGGAAAAAAUGAGCGACAUCUAUGUCAAAGGGUGGAUGCCAGGGAUGGAGGAGGACAAGCAGAAGACUGACGUCCACUACAGGUCCCUGGACGGGGACGGGAACUUCAACUGGAGGUUCAUCUUUCCGUUCAGCUACCUGCCAGCAGAACAGCUCUGCCUUGUGUCUAAAAAGGAGCAUUUCUGGAGCCUGGAUAAGACCGAAUUCAGAACACCCCCACGGCUAAUAGUCCAGAUCUGGGACAAUGACAAAUUCUCCCUGGAUGAUUAUCUGGGUACCGUCGAGCUGAAUUUGCACCAUCUCAUUCCUCCUUCCAAGACACCAGAGAAGUGCAGCCUCAAAAUGUUGCCGGGGGUGAUAGGCUCCAGCCAAUCCAAAACUCUGCCUUCCACCUCUCUCUUCGAUCAGAAGUCUGUUAGAGGCUGGUGGCCCUGUGUGAUUGAGCAGGACGGAAAGAAAGAGUUGGGUGGGAAGGUGGAAAUGACCCUGGAAAUAGUGACUGAAUCGGAGGUGGAUGAGAAGCCUGCUGGGAAAGGCCGGGACGAGCCCAACAUGAACCCCAAAUUGGAUCCUCCCAACCGACCUGAUACCUCCUUCUUCUGGUUUACAAAUCCAUGCAAGACUAUGAAAUUCAUCGUUUGGCGCAGAUUCAAAUGGAUAUUCAUUGGAAUCAUUAUCCUGCUACUAGUUUUGCUGUUCUUUGGAAUCCUUCUGUAUUCAUUACCGAACUACAUCUCAAUGAAAAUUGUGAAGCCAUUCAAGUGAGCCUCAUAUCAAAACAGUCGAAUCCACAUGUCUAUAAACAUGGAUGAUGGAACAUGCUGCUUCAUGCUUCUAAUAUAUACAUAUAACUGGCCAUCCCACAGCUGUUGCAAAUUAUGGGCUACCGUGAGUACCAUGAUAGCCCAUAAGCUAGCAUGCACAUGCUUACAUAUUUUAUAUCUUAUCCAUUCACACAGCUGGGCAUUUAGGUUCAGAUUCAAUAUAUAACCACAAUGGUAUCUGUCUGUGAAUCUGAAUUAAAAACAAAUAAUGUUUUAUUUUGCACAUUUUUCAAGAAUUUCAUUGACCACACCUCGUGAUUACGAAUGCCGAAUAAAGUAAGAUCCACUUACCUUUUUGUCAUAGAAGCAAACCUGUACAUUUCUGUAGUGAAAAGUUGGUGAAACACAGUCUAGGCAUCCAGGUGAAACCCCAGUUACAUUUAGCCAGGCUAUAUUUGGGCAAAACCUGAGCUAUAUUGGAGUUAGCCUAGUCCAUGAAUGUCAAAAAUGUCUCUCAACCUAGUUUUCCAUCCCUUUAGACAUACAGAUUCCAGCUUUUACUCACUGGGCAUUGGGAUUUUUUUUUUUAGAUUGCUGAAGCAGAUGGAGUUCAGUAGCUGCCAGUGCCAGUACCUUGCUCAAAGCUACCCAAGUAGCAGUAUCCCAUUUGGGAUUCAAGCCUGCAGCUUCCUGGCUCAGUUGCACACAUUAGAACCUGCUACGCACAGCCAACACAGUAAUGCAAUAUCUGUUUAUUCCAAAUGUACUACACUUUCAGUGGAAUGAACGCAACUUGUUACUACAUAAACAUAUUAAGUAUUUGACUACAUUAAAGGUUCUCUUAGUAUAUUUUCAUAGCCGUUUUCUUUGGUGAUCCUCAUAAUUAAAUCUAAACCUUUGACUCACUUGCUAAUACAAUAACAGUUAUAUAAUUCAAAGUUUACAUCCAACCAUUUUCACAAUAUGUAUGUUUGUAGAACAGUAAGGAUGGGCUUGGUAGAAUCAGAAACCUCUGCACUGUUUCUGUAGUGGCAAGAGAAAGCCCUUAUAGCCAUGCAGAUGUUAACCAGUACAAAAACAUCAAAUCAUUUCUGGAAAACAAAGGAAAUCAAUUUUGUCAGCUGUGGAAAAGAAAGCCAAUGCAUUAUUUAUUUGGCAAAUCCAUGCAGAAAGGAAGCGCCGAUUUGUUUAGGCUAAUCAGGCGUUCAUCAGGGUGGGAUUCUGGCUUACACGGCAAGAAAUAUUUAGACCCUAUCUGUGCCACUUAAAAGUGUCUUUGCCUUUAUGAAACCAAAUCAUUCCAGCACCUUCCAGUGUUAUUUGAACUGUUAAUCUUUUACAUUACAGCCAGUGUAUACACAUGCUUGCUCAAGGCAAGCGACAUGGUUUUAAGUUUGUGUACUAUUGUUCUCUGGAUUUUUAUUAAUGUUUCUGAUGUGUAAUUUAAUAAAGAUGCAUUAAUACAACUAUGCGUUAA